UAUGAAUAUUUAAGAAACCAAAAAUAUACCUGAAGAAGUAUCAAAAGGAUUGAGCUUAUUAGCUAAAGAUCCAUUUACUUAAUAAAAUUUUGAUAAAUUAUCUAAAUGUGUAUUUAUGAAUUUGGCUGGAGAAGAAAAUAAUACAAAAAUAUUGGAUCAAUUAAAUACAGAACCUUUAACUAAUGAAUUAUUCAAUUUAAUUUUACUAUUCACAGUUCAAUGUAUUAAGUUAUAAUUAAUGGAAAUUGAAAUCACUACAAAUUUAUAUGAUUAUGGAUUUGAUCAGACUAUAGUAGAUGGAUAUAUUAAGAAAUUUACUUAGUUCAAAUAAUUUAUUAAUGAUCCUGAUAAUGCUAUAAUUGCAGCCAAUUUUGAAUCAAAAAUUGGUUUCAAUUAUUUGGUAGAUGUUGAUUGGUAAUAGGAAAUAGUUGUGUCUUCUAAAUAUGCUAAUAAAGUGUAUUAGGAAAUAUAUAAAAUAUAAUUACACACUAAAUCUACAGACACUAAAGAUAAGGAUAUUGUGUUUAAAUGCACCUUGCCUCAAUUAAUUGAAAUUAACAAUCAAUUAGGUAUGAUGGUCAAGAAUAUAGAAUCAAGUUCAGAUUUGAAACAUCUCAAAUGAUGU